UUUCCCUCGAUAUAGGCUGCUGCCCCCCAUUCCUUCUGACGCUGACCACGGCCGUGCACCGAGUCAACUCCGCAUGUAAUCCUUCCUGCCUGCACCCGAAUCCCAUCGGUUCUCCAGCCGCUGUGCCGGAAAUCCUCGACGCCUCGCGCUAGUUUCGUCUGGCGCCUUGGCGAUCCCCCAACGCCCUGGACCUCGCUCCCCCCUCCUUUUUUCUUGUCUCCGCCACAGACCUCAGGAACCUACAAACUAUCGAUUGUGCCAGAUGCUCCAGACCAAGGCAUCCACUCCUUCUGUUCCGGCCGCUCGCUCGUGAUUUUCCUCUUUCUCUCUCCUUGGUCCGCCACCCGUUGCCUUUUUUUCCCUUUUCUUUUUUUGGUCUCUCUUCCCUUUCUCCUUCUCCCCCUGCUGACGGCAGCAAUUGUGCCAAAGGAGAAAGACAUUCAAUCCCUCCACUACGGUCCUUCUUUCCUAACAAGCGCCAGGUUUGGCCUCCGGGACCACCUGGCCCAAUUCCCCCGAUUCCGCCGUCAUGGACGCAGAUUUUCUGCUGUCCUCUCCCCCACAGCUCUCUACAAGGAAAAGCUCCCAGUCCGAGAGCAUGUCCUUUACCCCAUCCACAAUGGACGACUCAAGCCAGGAUUGGACUCAAUGGAUGAGAUGGGACGACCAGGCCUUCCCCGAUAGCGUCAAGCACGAGUCGCAGUCGCCGUUCGGCACUCCGUUCAUACCGCCUAACUCGAACCCAGCAGACUCGCAAAUUAAUGGACUGCCCAAGGAAUUCUCCCCAGAUAUCCCGUUUGGAUUCAUGAACUUCCAAUUCGACCCUCUUGCCAUGCGAGACCACAGCCCAAUGCCUGCAGCUCCCCGUGCGAUUGAUGUCCAGUCUCGUCCCUCCAUCUCCGUUUCUUUGGCAGAUAAAACCGAAAUGGGUAGAAAACGAAAGUCGAGCAGCGACGAUGACACAGCCAUGACGAAUGGUGUGCCGGAUGCAGCGAGAAAAGUGCCAUCGAAGAAACGAGCCCACAAUGUGAUUGAGAAACGGUACCGUGCCAACCUCAAUGACAAGAUUGCCGAGCUCCGAGAUAGCGUACCCAGCCUCCGUGCAUUCGCCAAGCAGACGAACGGGGGUGGGCUUGACGACGAUGAUGGUGACGGAGUCGCUCCUGCCAACAAACUGAACAAGGCGUCCAUUCUUUCGAAAGCUACCGAUUACAUCCGUCACCUGGAAAUCCGGAACAAGAGACUGGAAGAAGAAAAUACUGCCUUGAAAAAUAGACUGCGCGAAUUCGACAAAGCUGUAGACCAGAAUGUCACAUCGGCAGCCUCUGUUUCGUCCCCCAGCAACUGCACCGUGUCCACGGAAUCACGGGGCAGCGCUUCACCAAGUGUCUUUUCCAAUCCAGAUGACGUGAGCGAGAGUUCUCCGACAUCCGCAUACCCACCAGAGGGCCUCAUCAAAGUCCCGGAUGCGUUCAAACGGAUGCGUGAAGCUUCCCGUCAGGGUGCGUACAGUGAGUCAUACAUUCAGUAUAAUCGCGACAACAGCUACGCGCAGGAUGAAUCUGGCCGGAGACGGUCACAUUUCCCCAACAAAUACAUGCUGGGAGCCUUGGCUGGGCUCAUGGUUCUGGAAGGCAUGGGUACGGAGAAGAAGACGGAGUCCACGGCGAAGGGACUGCUGGCAGUCCCCGUCAAUCUACUCAACCAUCUCCAGUCGCCCGCUUUCCGGUACUGGCGAUCCAUUUUGCGGGGCUACCUAUUUUCCUGGCAGGCACAAGUGAUCACGCAUUUCCUUGUGCUUGCUGUUCUCGUGGUUGGAAGCGCUUUCCUUGUCUUCGUCUAUCUGUUCAACUCGCAGCCUAGCCGCCAAUUCGACUCGAUCAAAUCCGCCGCCGCAUCCGACGUGGCUUUGUCAGCACCCUGGAACUUCAGAAGACAGGCCUGGCUCACCAGCAUCCAGCAGGUUGGCGUUCCACGCCAUAGUUUCUUCCGGGAAUGGUAUACCGUGACCUCUCGAUGCUUCGAGUACCUUUUCCGGUGCCUGUUCGGUUGGCAGUUAUAUUCUUGGGCCACGGGUGUCACUGAAGAGGAUGAAAGGGGCCGCGUGAAGACAUGGGAUAUCGCCAUUGAUGCCCAGCUUGCUGGUGGUGACCCAGAAAUCAGCAAGAGCCGUCUUGUCCUAACCAUCUUCGCAGCGGGGACUCUACCACGAAGCCCAAUGCGCAUGAUGCUGAAAGCCCUGCACUGCCGUAUCCUCCUGUGGCGCGUAGGAGAGGCAGGGUCCUGGACGUUUAACACCUCUAACGAUGUAGCUCGUGCCCUGGCCCGGUACCAGUGGGAUCUGGCACGGAAGAUGAACAAGCCCCUUCCUGAAGGCCAUGAGGAAGCUCUCCCAAGCCACCUGGCCGCUCUGCUUGAGAUGGAUUGUGAAGAAGUCAUGAUCGAUCCUAUUGUCCAGCGAGCAGCUAAUCUCACGUGGAAUCGGCCUACUCAGGAAGGUACCGAUGACGAUGGGGCUCUGUUGGAUGUUGUUGAAGAGGAUCCUGCCAUCCAAUCUUCGCUGGAUGCUCUCGCCUCCUUCUGGUCUAGCCACUUGCUGCAGCGCGCGAUCCUCAAAUACUUCGAGGCUAGCUCCGGUGGCCCCGCAGCGAGGAAGAGCCGUGACAUUUUCAAAGCCAAAAUAAAGCAUGCCCUUGACGUUGCUCCCAAACCCUCCGCUGCCCAUACGCGGGCGCUGGUCAUGAAAGCCGUCUUUUUCGACAACGGCCGGAUUGAUAAUAUCGGGCAAGUGCUCGAUGCUCUGCCUAGUGACAAGGGCAAGGCGACGUGCUGUCAGGCCUUCAACUUUGUUGACUCGUCUCUUCCGGUGUCCGUAAGGGAGGAGAUCUCGAUUGCUGUCCGUUGCGCCAUGAUCGCUGCCAUUUUCAAGGCCCGCGUCACCGGGGACGAUACGCUGCCUCCGUCGUUCACCAUCGAAAGAGCGAUUACUUGGUUUAGCCAGCUGCCUAUAGACCCUGUCGAAUUGACCUUAAUCGGCUUUUCCGCUGUCUUCCACCUACUCCAUAUAAUCUUUUCCGAUGCCGACUGCAGAUGUUUCGACUCACCAGCCUCUUCCGCUCCCCCAUCUGUUACGUCAUCCGCCUCUACCAUUUCCUCCGGUGACGAGGAGGACCUGCCUUUACCCCCGCGCCGUCAACCUUGCCUUCCCUCACACUUCACCCCGAACCUAGGACGUGUUGCUUCCGAGCUCCUGUAUUGGGCCCGCAACGCAUACAACCCAGCCUUCUACGGUUUCACACCGAGGCAUGUCGAGGUAGUCGAGAACGAAUGCAGAUUCCUUUGUCGCAACGCUGGUAUCAAGCUGGAAGACUUUAUUCCGCGUCAGGAAAAGUCAUCCAAGAAGCGCAAGCAAAGAAAGAAGAAGAGGAGCUCUCGGAAGAAUUCAGCAUAGGCCAGUGCGGCGCGGUAACAGGCCAGCAGUGGGACCACUGAUCUUGCGAUUCUCGAUGGUGUGAUUCCAGUAUUUAAUUGAUCUUUAUUUGGGUUCUACAUGAUUACAUGGGUGUUAUGGGGGCUUGGCUGGCAAAGUACGAGGCUACAUUGAUGGGUGGGAUGGAAUGGAUAGGAUUUGGGUCAUUUACCAUGUUUUGAACGGGUCUCAUUCCUUGAUUUCAUAUGUUUGUUGUCAUCACUAUCGUCAGUCGAUCUUUAUUUCCUUAUUUUUGUUUUUCCUCCGUAUUUUCUUUUUCAUCAUAUUUGCCGAUGCCAUUGUUGUUCCAAAAAUACGUCGUGUUUGAGAACCUCUUCCCUCACAUAUGCGUUCGGGCGGGCUUUUGAUCAAGUGCUUGCUUUUACGAUCAGAGAGUCGGUGACAGGGUAAGGUGGGGAGUAAAAUAUUCGCCCAGAGAAUCUUGGCAGGGGAAGUGUUUAUAUGUGGCGUUUCGGUUUUGUCUUGAUGUACUUGUUCAGUCAUCGCAGAGCAGGGCAGAUGAAUUGAUCUACUGUUCUCGCUGCGAUUCCUUCAUUUCUUGUAUAUCGAUUUUACACGUGACUGCUUGCGGUUAUUCUUAGGUCGAUACUGUCUCAUGGACGAGGGAACGAGGCACGGAGGUACAUUAAUAUAAUACAAGGGCAUUGAGGAUUGA